AGAGAAAGAGUGAGAGACAGAGACGGAGAGACCAGGAGGGUGCAAAUAAGAUCAUUACAUUCAAAUCCUCAUUGCCAAAUGGUAUUCGUUAACACAAAUCUCAAAUAAAUCUAAUAUAAAAACCCAAACCAACAGGAGACAGAUAAGAAAAAAGAGAAAGGAAAAGAUAGAAAUAAAUAAAAAAAGACAAUCAUCGAAAUAAACUACCAACAACCAAUAAAAUAAAAACAGAAACCAUGUAACCGAACCGAAACCAGAAAAAUAAACAAAAUAAAAUAGACUCCCCAUAAAAGAAAACGCACACACACCAAAGAAAAUGGGUCGUAAAAGCAAGCGACUACGAGCCCAAUUUUACCAAUAUGCUUGUGACGAAGCCGGUUCCUAUUCCAAUAUUACCGACUGGAAUCCACCCAUUCCUCCGCCAGCAAAACCAGCGAUUUGGGCUCAGCUGACUAGAAAGCAGCUGAUAAUAUGUGUGGUGUUAGCUGUAAGCUGCGUGGCAGCCAUAGCAGUGGGCCUCGGCCUUGGCCUCCCCAGGCAGAGCUCCGAACCUUUAGCCAAGCAGGAGUCCAAAGCACCUUUAGCGGCAGCUAAACCAGCCCCCCCAGAGCCCAGGGCCAGUUUGAAUCAUGGGGAGACAGCGAUGCGACAUCAUAUGGGGAGGCUACAGAACCUCCUCCGUCAGAGACCGAGCUCGGAGAAUUUAACACGGCUGCAGUUAGCUCUGAUGGGACCCCAUGUGCGCAGAUUGCCACAGACAUACUGAAGAGGAAUGGCACACAGCAGCAGA